UUUACGCUUUUCAGCGGCCUCGCACGCGCGCAGCUGCAGCCGCGGACUUCUCCUCGUCAGCCCGGCGGUGGGGCCAUGGCGUGGCGGCGGCGGCCCGAGGCCGGCGUCGGGGCCCGCGGCGCGCUGGCGCUGCUAGUGCUGGCCCUAUACGCGCCCGGGGCCAGGGGCCGGGCGCUCGAGUGGUACUCGGCCGUGGUGAGCACCGAGUACGUGGACCCGCACACGAACCGCACCGUGUGGAGCGUCUCGGAGAGCGGCCGCUUCGGCGACAGCUCGCCCAAGGAGGGCGCGCAGGGCCUGGUGGGCGUCCCGCGCGCUGCGGACCGCGACCCCGAGGGCUGCGCGUCCGACACUCGCUUCCUCGUGCCAGCGCCCGGCGGCCGGGGGGACGCGCCCUGGGUCGCCCUGGUGGCGCGCGGGGGCUGCACCUUCAAGGACAAGGUGCUGGUGGCGGCGCGGAGGAACGCCUCGGCCGUGGUCCUCUACAACGAGGAGGGCCACGGGAACCUCACCACGCCCAUGUCCCACGCGGGAACAGGAAAUAUAGUGGUCAUUAUGGUUAGCUACCCAAAAGGAAGAGAAAUUUUGGAUCUGGUGCAGAAAGGCAUUGCAGUCAAAAUGACCAUAGGGGUUGGCACCCGCCAUGUACAGGAGUUUAUCAGUGGUCAGUCUGUGGUAUUUGUGGCCAUCGCCUUCAUCACCAUGAUGAUUAUCUCAUUAGCCUGGCUGAUAUUUUACUAUAUACAGCGUUUCCUAUAUACUGGCUCACAGUUUGGAAGUCAGAGCCAUAGGAAAGAAGCUAAGAAAAUCAUUGGCCAGCUUCCACUUCAUACUGUAAAGCAUGGAGAAAAGGGAAUUGAUGUUGAUGCUGAAAACUGUGCAGUGUGUAUUGAAAAUUUUAAAGUAAAGGACAUUAUCAGAAUUCUGCCAUGCAAGCAUAUUUUUCAUAGAAUAUGCAUUGACCCAUGGCUUUUGGAUCACCGCACGUGUCCAAUGUGUAAACUUGAUGUCAUCAAAGCCCUGGGAUAUUGGGGAGAGCUUGAGGAUGUGCAGGAGAUGCCUACUCCAGAACCUCCCCUUGGGAGUGUUUUGGCUGCAAAUUUGAGUAUUACUUUACAAGAUGACAGAAGUGAGGGGAGCAGUUUGCCAUCGGCUUCCACUAGUGAUUCUGCACCACAGUGUGAUGCCAGUUUCAAAGACGAUGCAGGUGAAAACACAGCCUUACUAGAAACGGGCAGGAGUGACCUUCAACGUGGAGAACCCAUCUCCUAGCGCACAUCCUGAUGACCACAUCACGGACAGAGCUUUGGCUUGAAUUAAAGGACUUUUUUUUUUUUUUAACUUCAGCACAUAGUUUGUAUAUUUGAAAAUAAUGUACAUUCUUUUACCUUUCGGGUUCUGAUUUGAUAGACAAAGGGCUAAGAUAUUUUAUUCUUAAAGAGACAUUUUGAAUAGUCGUAAUAUAUUUAUCUACUAAAAUAUAUCAUUUAUGAUAAACAGUAUGUUGCUUUGGACUAUUACAGAGACCACUAGGAAGGCACUCUAAAGGGGACAGGUGGGGGGUGUUUCUGAAUAGUAGACUAGCUGCUACAGUACUGUAAAAACAGGAUUAAUUUUGUUUCUCAAGGAUCUUUAGACUGAGCAACUGAAUUUAGACUAGUAGAAAUGGAAUUGUAUAAUUCAGUGAUCACGAGUUUUCCCUGGAGGAAAGACUUUUCUAGAACAUUAAACCUGUGAAUGAGAUGGGAGAAAUUUAUAGCUUUCUUGAACCUCCAUGUCAUCAUCUAGAGACUUUGAAACCUAAGAAGACUUCUUAAUUGUUUUCUCUUCGGAAUUAUAGGAAAAGCACUAGAUGACUUUAGGAUUUGCAUUUUUCCUUUUUAAUUCCUAAUUUCAUUUGACACCUUAAAGGAGAGGGAAAUUUAUCCAUUUUUUUCUACAAAUAAAGGAAGCUAAGAUUCUGCAUCACACAUGAGCAAUAAAUUUUUCAUUGCCUUAAGGAAAUCGAGUAGGCAGACUUUUUUUUGUAAAUGAUGAAUGUGUUGGUUCCAACUACAAUUUAAUCUUUACAAUUAAAAAGGUGAUAGAUGGAGAAUUUUGAUUGUCAUUGUUACAAAAUAAGCAACCAGUUUUCCUGAUUGAUUUAAAGCAGACAUAAUGGUCAUGACCUUGUGUCAUCAUCUAUCCUUUUUAAAAUCUUGGCUGUUCUUAUAGGUGAAAGGAUCAGGUUAAUGUAAAGCUUUUGGUGACCGUGCUCUUAGGUUUUCUAAAAUGAUUAAGCAUACACAUACUCUUCUCUCCCUUCUUGUAGGUGGAGGUUGAGGAGGGUGAGGGAAAGUUAUUUCUUAACUUGAAAUUGUUGUCCUUUGUUGCUUCUAAGCUAGUUGCUGUGUAUAUCUUUAUUUUGUGAGUAAAAAUAAAUGUCUAUUGAGAAAAAUAGAA